CAAUGGCCUCCAGCAGCAGUUGUUCAGUAAGAAUACUGUAACAGGUUGGAAGUUCGUUAUCGGACUCCAGGUAAGUACUGAAAAAAAAGGGGUAACCACAAGGCAACAGCAGAAAUCUGUGGAAAACGGAUCAAUCGAGGAUCUGGCUUGGGACUGGAACUUCCAGUUAUUUAUAAGAUUUACGGCGGAAGGAAUUCGAAAUAUUUGGACAGACUGGACGAACUUAUUCAUGGCAGCGAGAGUGCAAAGAGGGCCUUAAGAGAAAAAGAUGAAGGAAUUUUGAUUGAUGGACAGAAGAAGUGGAAAUCGACCAAAAAAAGACAAAGACAGUCUCAAAAAGCAGAAAAAAUAGACGUGAUAUGUGUGCAAAUAUUCCAAGAUGCUGCUCGGUGUCCGCUAUAA